AUGAAAAUGGGAUCAUCGAAGCGAAAAUCUUCCUUCCGUAUCGACGAUAUCCUGCACCAUCAGCGUGUGGAGCAGAACCGGCUGUACCAGCACGGAAUGCGGCAUGCGUCCCCAAACAGUCCCGCCAGCCCAGCGCAUCCAGGACUUCCGGAGCCAGGCGGGAGUUCGUCGGUUAACAUCGGAACCACCAACUAUGGAUCGCUGGCGGGUCAAACCGUACCGGCCGACCUUAGUCCGGUAGGGCCACGCAGUCACUCGUCGCCCUCACCCAGCAUGGCCCAACACAGCCCCCUGGGGCUCACCGGACCCCCACCUCAAUCUUCCACACACGGCACACCACGUGCGGAGUCGCCGAAAAAACCGACUGCCAUGUAUCCCGGAUUGCUGGACUUUUCCAAGAACGUCAUCCCGAUUCCGCUACAGUUCGGUGUUCCGACGUUUAGCCCCCUUAAUGCCGCCUAUCUCGAGCACUAUGCGUCCGUGUUGCACAAAGCUUCCCCUCGUGUUUGGCCGUUCUACCCCCAUCCGUACAGCUACCUACUUCCCGGUUGCGGUUCGAAACGCAAGGGUGGCCAGGUCCGGUUCACGCCACAGCAGACGCAAAGCUUGGAGAAGCGGUUCUCCAACCACAAGUAUCUCUCACCGGAAGAUCGGCGGAAUCUGGCGAUCCAGCUGAAGCUCAGCGAUCGACAGGUGAAAACAUGGUUCCAAAAUCGACGCGCCAAGUGGCGUCGGGCAAACAAUGGCUGCCAGUCAUCGGAGGGGCUCGGUUCACCGCACAGCCAUGGGGAUCCGGCCAAAGCUCCAACCGAGGUCGGUGGAUGUGGUACCACUGGGUCCGGUCGGGCACACAAAUAUUCCUCCGAUGGCUACGACGACGAAAUCCCCGAGGGUGGACAAUUUGCUCGGUCGUCCAAUCACUCCACGCGCCGGUCUUCGGUGGAUUAUGAUUGCAAGAGCUCGGACAACUAUUCGGAACCGGAUGAUGGCUCGAGCGAGGAACAGGAGAACGACGUGGACGGGGAACCGACGUCGCCUAUAAAUGUUGUGUAG